AUGGAGCAACCAGUGUUGGAGCGGGUGUAUUGGCACGUGACAAACAAGGCAGACACAUCUAAAGAAAAUCAACAUAUCCAGGCCUGCACUGCUGAAGAAAUUGAAGCGCCGGCAAUCUACAAGGGCAUUAAGAUGGCCAAGAACCAAGAAGAAACCCAAGUGAUUGUGGAAUCUGAUAAGAAGGCACUAGUCAAUCUUCUGUUAUCCCAAGAUAAGGAACUAACUUGGAGAGUCUCUAUCGUUAUUAGAGAUUGUAGAUUCUUAUUGAACACCUGUCUAAAUGUAAUGGUGAGGCAUCCAGCACAGUUGUGCCUCUUCUGCUUUGUCAUGGUGAGAGUCUGUUGCUUAUCUGUGCUGGGGACUGGUCAAAAUGGAAGUCCAAAAACAACAUCUCCGAUUCCUGUCGGUGUAGUUCUCGAUUUGAAUUCUACAGUCGGGGAGAUGGCCCGGGUCUGCAUCGACAUGGCGCUUUCUGAGUUCUAUGCUGUUCAUACUAACUAUAGAACAAAGGUUGUUCUUCACACCAGGAAUUCUAAGGGGGAUGCUGUUAACGCAGCCUCUGCAGCUUUCGACUUGUUGAAAAGCAAAGAAGUACAAGCUAUCAUAGGGCCACAAAAAUCAGCAGAAGCUAAGUUUGUGAUUGAUCUUGGCGACAAAGCUCGGGUGCCCAUUAUUUCUUUCUCUGCAACAAGCCCUUCUCUUUCUCCCAUUCAAAAUCCUUUCUUUGUUAGGACGACUCUAAAUGACUCAUCUCAAGUGAAUGCCAUUAAAGCCAUUGUCCAAAAUUAUGGAUGGAAGGAAGUUGUCCCUAUCUAUGAAGAUACUGACUAUGGGAGUGGGGUCAUACCUUAUCUCAUUGAUGCCUUCCAAGAUAUUGACGUUCGUGUGCCUUACAGGAGUGUGAUCCCUCCAUCUGCCAAAGAUGGUCAAAUAGUGGAAGAGCUUAAUCAAUUGAAGACCAUGCAAACUAGAGUUUUUGUGGUUCACAUGACAGCUUCUCUGGGUUCUCGAUUUUUUCUCCAAGUAGAGGAGAACAAAAUGAUGACUGAAGGGUUUGUGUGGAUUAUUACAGAUGGUUUAUCUAGUCUAAUUGAUCCCAUGAAUUCCACAUCCAUUGAUUCGAUGGAUGGCGUAUUGGGUUUAAAACCUUUUAUCCCAGAGUCGAAACUUGAAGAAUUUAAGACGAGGUGGGAGAAGAGAUUUUACUUAGACAAGCCAAACAGGAAGAUAGGGGAGUUAAGUCUCUUUGGGUUAUGGGCAUACGAUACAAUCUGGGCUUUGGCUAUGGCAGUAGAAAGAGUUGGAGCCAUGAAUACUAGCUUCUUGAAGAGAGAUGCUAGUGAGAAUCCAACAAGUAUUGCAACUAUUGGAUACUCACAGAUGGGUCCAAAUCUUCUCAAAGCAAUCUUAAGUACAAAAUUUAAAGGAUUGAGUGGUGAUUUCCAUUUGGUCAAAGGGCAGCUAGAGACUUCAGCUUUCCAAAUCUUCAAUUUGAUUGGUAAAGUGGAAAGAGUUAUUGGCUAUUGGUCACCAAAGUAUGGACUUUCUCAAGAUUUACCAGGGAAAAGCAAGUCAAAUUCAGGGAACAAUCUCAUCAGAAACCCAAUAUGGCCAGGAGACUCAUUUGUCACACCAAAGGGUUGGGUUAUACCCAUUGAAGGGAAGAAACUAAGGAUUGGAGUUCCUGUGAAAGAUGGAUUUAAGGAAUUUUUGAAGAUUACAACUGAUCCUCAAAUCAAUGAGACAUCCUUCAGUGGUUUCUCAAUAGAUGUAUUUCUUGCUGCAUUAAGCAAAUUGCCAUUUGCAGUCCCUUAUCACUUCAUUCCUUAUAUGAAGCCCGAUGGACAAAGUAUUGGGAGCUACGAUGAACUUAUUUAUCAGGUUCAUCUUAAGAAAUUUGAUGCUGUCGUUGGAGACAUAACAAUUGUGGCUAACCGAUCUCGGUUUGUUGACUUCACAUUGCCAUAUUCUGAAUCUGGGGUGUCGAUGGUGGUGCCAAUCAGAAAUGACAAGAGUGGAAAUGCUUGGAUUUUCUUGAAGCCAUUAACCUGGGAGCUUUGGUUGACAACUGGGGCAGCUUUUGUCUUCACGGGCAUUGUGGUUUGGAUUCUGGAACAUCGUGUUAAUACAGAUUUCAGGGGACCUCCCACUCAACAAAUUGGGAUGACCUUUUGGUUUUCCUUCUCAACACUUGUAUUUGCACAUAGGGAGAGAGUAGUUAACAACUUGUCAAGGUUUGUGCUGAUUAUAUGGGUGUUCGUGGUUCUCAUCCUUGCCCAAAGCUAUACUGCAAGCCUUACGUCCAUGCUGACAGUACAGCAGUUACAACCAAUGCUGACGGAUAUACUUGAACUGAAAGACAAGGGAUACUAUGUGGGAUACCAGAAAGGAUUCAUUUGUGAAGGGGCUGCUGAUAAAAAGGUCUUCCCAACUGGUUCUCCUUUGGUGCCAUAUUUUUCGAAAGCAAUCCUAAACCUCAAGGAAGGAGAUGAAAUGGAUAAAAUUGAAGGAACAUGGUUUCAGAAGAAAACCCAAUGCCAAGAUCAAAGCACAGAGGUUUCAUCGAGUUCAACAAGUCUUAGCCUCAGGAGCUUCUGGGGACUAUUCCUCAUCACAGGACUUGCUUCGGUUUCUUCACUUCUAAUAUUCCUAAUUCAAUUUCUUUAUGAACAAAGGCAAGCUGCAAACAGUAGCACAGCUUCCCCAAAGCCAAUUUGGGAAAAAAUUCUCUCCAUGGCACAACGCUUUGAUCAAAAGGAUCUUAGCUCUCAUACUUUUAGAAGAGCUGAGUCCAGGAUUCACCCUAUAAAUGAAGCUGAGGGUACUGAAAUGUCAAGCAAUACAAACGAUUCACAAAUCACUUCAAGAGUUCACAACCAAACAGUUCCACUAGAAGAAGUCGAAGAACCAGUGCAUGAACAAAGAAUCUCCUCUCCACAAUCUGGCAAUCCAAGUACAAGUAUAUAA